AUGUCAUCUGUAAAAUCAUCAGCAGGGUUAUCACGAGGAAAUUAUAAAUGUUCAUUCCGAAAAGGAGACAGAGUUUUAGUGAAUGGAUCAGCUCUUGAAAGAGGAGGAGACCGACUUUAUCCUGGAACAGUUGAGUACAUUGGCUUUACAGAUGGCUGCUUAUCAGUGCAAACAGUGUUGGUUGGUGUACACUUGUAUGAUAAUGUGUAUUCAAGUCAUAAUGGUGUCUACCAGGGAAAGAGAUAUUUCUACUGUCCAAGAGGUCAUGGGGCAAUGGUGAAAAGUUCAGAUAUUAUCCCGCUCAACUCUGUACCUCGGAAGUGGCCAGUAAAUGGCAAUAGAAUGUUUCCAAGUUAUGAAGAAAUCAAAAAGCAAAGAAGGCUGAGGGAACAAUUAAUAAAAGAAUCGGAGGAAAAAUUCCGUAAAGAAUAUCAAACAAAGAGAAGAGCACAAAUGGAAAGGUCUUCAAAGUCAUCGACACUACAAAGUAUAUCUGAUAAGGAUCAGGAGUCAGGAGAUGAACAGAAACAGGCCGACAGCACAGAAGACAACAGAUUGGAAGAGUUGAAUUUAAUUAAAAUGAAGAAAUACUUUGGAAAUGAUGAAAAGGCAGAACGCAUGGCAGCGACUCUAAGAAAGUUGAGAAGAGCUUUUGAACAGGGUCGCAUUAUGACUUUAGAAGAACAGGCCUAG